AUGUUCUCCUCGUCGAAUUCCUUCCUCGGCGGUGGUGCAGGUGGCCGCCCAGGCCAGGCACCAUUCAUGCAGCAACAGCAGCAACAGCAGCAACAGCCAACAUACUCGCAAUUCUCUCAGGGCCAACAGCAGCCGCCAAUGCAGCAGCCUCAGCCGACGGGAUUUGCGCCGCAACCAACUGGCUUUGCCGGACAACCGUCGCCAUUUGCUCCAGCCGCAGUUCACUGGCUUCCCUGGACAGCAACUACCACAAUCGCAGCAGCAAUUCCAACAGCCGCAAAAUCUGCAGCCUCAAUAUACCGGUUUCCCCCUCAGAAUCAGCCUCAGAGCCAGGCGCAGCCACCACUCCCUCAACUUCAGCUCCCCCAGGCUACGGGGCUCCCUUCCCGGUUGAAGACUUCGUUUGAUGUCGCAAACUCCUUCCAAGAUACCGGUGCCACCGGAAACCCCCCGCAAGUGCCACCGAAGACUGGUUCAAAGAUCCCGAGUAUCCGGCUCUCUUUCAUCACAGCACAGGAUCAGGCCAAGUUUGAGCAGCUAUUCAGAACUGCUGUUGGCAAUGAAAAGACAUUGGACGGCGAGAAAGCGCGGGAUCUUCUCCUGCGCUCCAAGCUCCCAGGUGCCGACCUUUCCAAGAUCUGGAUUUUGUCAGAUACCACUAAGUCAGGACAAUUGUUCUUUCCCGAGUUCGCACUGGCUAUGUACCUGUGUAAUUUGCGUCUGACUGGCCGUGAAGUGCCUACCUCUUUGCCUGAGACGAUCAAGAAUGAGGUAUCUAGCAUGGUUGACAUUAUCUCCUUCGAUGUGCCCGACUCGGCACCACCGCCAGCGCCGCGAACCAAUGCGCCCAAUUUUGAUGCGCCUCUUCUGGAGAACAAGUCGACCCCGCCUAUCGUGCAGCAGCCCCAGCCCCAACAGGCGAGCAAUACUCAGCUACUGAACCAGUUGACUGCACAGCCCACCGGAUUCUUCUCUCAGCCUACUGGCAUGCAGCCUCAACAGACCGGCAUCCCAGGGCAGAAUCAGGCACAGUUCCUCCAAUCGCAACAGACAGGGUUCAUGAGUAACCCGCAAGCUACGGGGUACACUGGUCCUCGGCCCCCAAUGCCCCCAAUGCCUACUGGGUUUGCCUCAAACCUCAGCCCUGCACAGACUGGUGGCCUAGGUGUGCAACCUACUGGGCUCACAGCACAGCCUACUGGUAUUCCUGGUCAGUGGGGCUUUAUCAACACCCCCGCACAAGGGUUGCCCAAUAUCGAGGCUAUGAAGCAGCAGCUCAUGCCUCAACCCGGUCGCGAGGGUGGUUUCAACAUGGCCAACCUUUCCGGCAAUGCCACAGUUGCCUGGGCCAUCACUAAGGAAGAGAAGAAAAUUUAUGACGAUCUGUUUCGUGCCUGGGAUGGAUUCCGCAAGGGAUUCAUUGGCGGCGAAACUGCCAUUGAGAUCAUGGGUCAAAGUGGAUUAAACAGGAAGGAUUUGGAGCGAAUCUGGACUUUGGCCGACCCUCACAAUCGCGGCCGUCUCAACAUGGAUGAGUUCGCUGUUGCCAUGCAUUUGAUCUAUCGGGCUUUGAACGGUUAUCCGGUGCCUAGCCUCAAGUCCCUUUUGUCCCAGGAUGCCGAAUCGCGGAAGGCAUCCGGAGCUUUCUUGCAGCCCCAGAAGACCGGUGUCAGCUAUCUCAAGGAUCACUCGUUCCGUGGUGGUAGUGGACAGCCCGGAGCCAGCCGUAAGGAUGCGACGAUGUUCAAGAACAAUGAUGCCGCGGGCGGCUACCGUUCAAGUGCCCGCCAUCGUGUUGGUAACGACGCCCAUACUCCAUCGCCCGGUGCCUCCCAGACUUCAGAGGGAGACGAGCUGUCAGUGGACCAGCUGCGAAAGAAGAUCCGUGAGGCCAAGGUGAUGCUAGACGCCGUUGACUUUCAGGACGAGAACCGGGCUGAGGACGACGAGGCUCUUGAUCGCCAGGACCGCCGUGAGGCAGAGAGCCUCAUGGACCGUAUUCGUCGUGUGCAAGAUGACAUUGACACCCACCCCAAUGCUUCGUUCCGUCAAUUGGAUACCGGGGCGGAGCGUAGGGCUCUUCGUCGUCAGCUCCAGUCCUACGAGGACCAGGUUCCACAGGUCGCAUCUGAAGUUCGACGCGUUGAGCGUGAGAUAUCCGAUGCCAAGCUUGAGCUUUUCCGCCUGAAGGAUGCCAAAGCCCAUCCUGGUAGCGCUCAGACCAUUGUUGGCACUGGACCAGGCGGUGCAGUGACCGAGUCGGAUCGCAUCAAGGCUCGCGCUCGUGCCCGCAUGCAAGCCCGCGCUGCUGAGUUGGCUGGCCGCCCAGCCCCCGCCACUGAAGAUGAUGAUGGACAGGCUGCUCGCCGACUGGAGGCUGAGAGUGCAAAUGUCAAGGCUGAGCGGGAGCGCAACGAAACUAUGACCCGUGAUGUCGAGGAAAGUGUCCGGGACUUCACCCGCAGUUUGGAGGACAGUCUCCGCGAAGAAGGACAAAACUCCACUCGUGAGCAUGAAAAGCGACGAUGGGAGGAUGCCCUGGGCGUUGAAGAAAUCACCCGUGACUUCAUCUAUGACCUUAGCCGCAACAGCCGGACUGCCAGCAUCCGCAAAGAAGAACCCCGUCAUGGAUCCCCCGCUUCCGAUUCACCUGCUGCACGGCCGUCUGUGCCCGCUUCGACCGGCUCGUCGGGCUCUACUCCCGUUAACACGCACGAGGACCGUGUGGCAGCUGCCAGGGAGCGUGCACAGAAGCGCAUCGCAGAGCGGAUGGCCGCUGUCGGCCUGAAGCCUGCCGAUUCGACCGAAACUUUGGCCCAGCGUCAGGAACGAGAGAAGAGAGAACGCGAAGAGCGCGUCAGGCGUGCUGAAGAAGAAGAUGCUAAGAGGGAGGUUGAGAGACAGCGCCGUUUGGCUGAGGAGAGGGGUGGUCCUAGUGCCGCAGCUCCCAAGGCUGCUGGCAAGAAGCCACCUCCGGCACCUCCUACUCGCAGAGCCCGAACUGAUAGUGCCGGCCAGGCUGAUGCUAAGAAGGCCGAAGAGGCCAAGGCAGAGCAUGCUAUUCGUGAGCAGGCCAUCAAGGAGGAGCAGGAGGCACAGGAGGCGGAGACAAAGCGUCUUGAAUCUGAGGCCGAUGAUUUCCAAAAGGAGAAAGAAGCCCAGGCAGCUCGCCUCAAAGCCCUUGAGGAGCAGGUUCGACAAGGCAAAAUCAAGAAGCAGGAAGAGAAACGCCGCAGGGAAGAAGCUGCUCGCAUGGCUAAGGAGCAGGAGGCCAAGAUGGAAGCUCAGCGUGCUGAACUUGAAGCUGCUAGGGAACGUGAGCGCCAGUUACAGCGCGAGCUGGAGGGUUUGGAUGACGGAAGCUCCUCAGACGAUGAAGGGCCUGAGAGCAUCACUCCCCAGAACAGCACUCCCACCCAGAGCCAGUUUCUGUCCGCACCACCUCGGCCUCUGCCCCCGAAGCUCGAGAAGGCCCCCAGCCCGGCUACCUCCCCAGUUGAAGGAUUUGUAGCUCCCGUUGCUACAGCUGACGCGGAGUCGAAAAACCCUUACUUCAAGUCCCUUGGACAAACCACUGAGCCGAUCCAAGCAACUUCGCCCGCGGCCCAGUCCACCAACCCGUUCCACCGCCUCGCUCAACAAGAGAAGCAAGAAGCUUCCAAGCCUACUUUCACUGGAGCCGGACCUUUGGAACGCAAGACCCGUACACGCCCUGAGGAGGCUGAUGACUGGUCCAAUGCCGGCUCCGAUAUUGAGUCGUCUGAUGAUGAGAAUGAGCGGCCCGGCGGUGGCAGCGCCAAGCAGCUUGCCAGCAUCCUGUUCGGUACCAUGGCACCACCGCGCCCUUUGAGUGCAAUGGAUGAAGACAAGUCCGCUACACCUGUCCAGGCCAGCCCUAUUGCGCCCCCUCCUCUUCCUCCCGCGACUCUCGCAUCUUCCGCUAUCGAGCCCGAGGCCGGAGACAGUGCCCUAAUUGCUCCCCCUUUUCCCCCUCCCGGUGCCGUGCCUCCUCCGCCUCCGCCCCCGGGAGGCGCUCCGUUCGCAGCACCUCCCCCCCCUCCUCCUGCACCUGGUGCUCCUGCAGCUCCACCUCCGCCUCCUCCGGGCGCCCCUCCAGGAGCCCCCCCUCCCCCUGCGCCCCCUGCCCCUGGCGUCGCGGGUGGAGCUCAUUCCGCUCUGCUUGCAUCCAUUCAAGCUGGACGGGGUCUCAAGAAGGUGCAGACCAACGACCGCAGCACGAGUUCCUCGGCUGGGCGCGUGCUUUGA